UUGUUGACUAGUACACAACGUACACCAUGAGAGCUCUUUGUUUUAUUGUGGUUGCACUGGUUAUGAGUUGCUUUGGUCAUAAGACAGAUUCUGGAUUGUGUACACCAAAACUUGAAAACGCCCUUUUCGAAGACCUUCUUAGCAUGAUGUUGAAGAUAAAAGGAACACAGAAAGGUACGAAUCAACAUGACGAAACAUUUUCAGCCUUUGCAGCUUCUUUAACUGUUUUAAAAACCCUGGGAACUGGUGAAAUUGUAAAGUUUGACAAAGUUUGGACGAACGUUAAUAAUGAUUAUAAUCCAAGUACGGGUGUAUACACAGCUCCUAAACCAGGGGUGUACCAGUUCUCAUGCUCCGUAAUGACGCAAUAUAAUAAAGCCGUUCGUGUGCUCCUAUGGAAAAAUGACAUGAAGACAGUAGCUGUUUAUCCUGGUCCUAACAAUGUUGGUCAUAAUACGGGAACUAUAAAUAUGGUAUUAGAACUUAAGAAAGGUGACAAAGAAUACAUCAAACAAGGAGCAGCAGAGAAAUACAUCUACAGUGAAUCUGCUUACAACUACAGUAUGUUUUCUGGAUAUCUUAUUCGAUAAAUUACAUGUGUUUUUUCGAAGUUUUAAAUAAAACAAAUAAAUGUUG